AAGGGGAGGCCUUUAAACCCAUAGAAGAAACAGGGAGGCGAGCUGAAAAAGCAUAGUGAAGAAGAAGCAAAAAAGGAAUGGAUUACCUAGGUAUCGAUCUUAGUUGUGCAAUUGGAUCUCUAAAAGAUGGCACUUUCCCUCCCCGUGACUGUUUGCUGCCUCUCAUCUCCAAGCUCCUUGGCUACGCCAUCGUCGCCGCUUCCACCACCGUCAAACUCCCUCAGAUACUGAAAAUUUUGAAGCAUAGAAGUGUUAGAGGGCUUAGUCUUGUUGCCUUUGAGCUUGAAGUAGUUGGUUAUACCAUUGCUUUGGCGUAUUGCCUUCAUACAGGACUACCCUUUUCAGCUUAUGGGGAGUUGGUAUUUCUUUUGAUCCAAGCAAUAAUAUUAGUUGCGGUUAUUUAUUACUUUUCGCAACCCCUCGGCAUCUCAACAUGGAUCAGGGCAUUGCUAUUCUGUGCUAUAGCUCCAACAGUCUUAGCUGGUCAAAUUGAUCCUAUUCUAUUUGAAGCUCUAUAUCUAUCCCAGCAUGCAAUAUUUUUCAUUGCCAGGGUACCGCAAAUAUGGAAGAACUUUUCUAACAAAAGCACUGGAGAGCUCAGCUUCUUAACAUGCUUUAUGAAUACCGCUGGCUCGCUUGUGAGAGUAUUUACCAGCAUCCAGGAAAAAGCACCACCAAGUGUUGUUGCUGGCUCGGUUCUUGGUAUCUUGACAAAUGGCACGAUCCUGACUCAAAUUAUAAUAUAUCUAAAGCCGCAAGUCGAGAAGGAGGAAAAAGCAGAGUAAAUCGAUACCAUGUCCCAAGUAGACUAUGAUUCAGUGGAAGGUUUAUAUUGGUGUAUUGGUGAGCUAAUCAUCCCUCCAUUGUUUGAUCAUCGAAUGUAUUAUCAAGCAUUCAAUAGCCAUCAGUUUGUAGUUGACAAUACUCUGAAUUUGAACGUCUUGAGGAUGAUUCAGUUUAGAUACUUUUGGUAAAUGGAUUAUUCAACUUUCAUCUGCUUUUCUUUAUGAGUGGAUGUGAAUCAUGCUGCUUUCCUGUGUUGGUUAGCAGUUAUUUUCA